AAAGUUGUAUUAUAUUUUUAUCAUAUGACAAAUAAGGAAUUUGAUUAUAUGACAAAUAAGGAAUUUGUUAAGCGAGGUGUAUUCCUUCUUUCCUCACUUGCAAUGAUAUAUAUCGUGGAGAGCAAUCCCACAAUGUGAAAACUUUACCAAUGAAUAACAUAGCAUUAGGGAAACUUCUUUAUAAUACAUUUUUAAAUAUGUUUGUAAUGAGCAAACAACUGGGAGAUAUGCAAAGGAAUGAGAGGCCGGAUUAGCGUUGUAUAAUGCUAAGCCUUCUAAUCUAUAGGCUUUUAUAUUAACUCAAAAGGAAUUUAAUUGACAUUCCUGGUCACACGUCGAGUAGAUGCCCAUGAAACAAUAAAAACAGGAUUAAAAUUAUUUAAAAAUAACUAGUAGUUGCUAAGUAACAGUUUGUUCACACCUCCGCAAGCUUUUUCUUCAAGAUAAGAACAUAGCGUAAUGCAUGUUAAUUUAAUUACGAACGAAUAGCUCAACAAUAAACAUCUCCAACGAUUUUUCUCGCAACUGUCAAAUGAAGUUUCAAAUACUGGCUCUCGCAGUUUUGGUUGCUGUGGACCUAGCUGCAGGGGUGUCUUGGGGGGUUCCAUAUGGAAAACGCAAAGCACCAACUUCAUCACCAACACCCAGCAAGAAUCCAACUACAAAACAAGAUAAUUCACAAAAGUCAGAAGAGUUGGUGCAGUCAGAUAGUUCAGCUCUCAAGUGCAGACAGAAGGUGAUAAAGAAAUACUCGGAACUAGCCUCAAAGAACAUAGAAAGCUGUCCAGCAGAACACAAGAUGCAUGGAGCUGUCACAUGCUGUUGGGCAGGCUUAAGUUGCUAUCAGCUAUAUGAAAGCUUUAGGAACAUUUUCCAGAGUAGUAACCAACCAUAUACUGAACAGCAAAUCAGAUAUAUGGUCCAAUUCAUCACUGCAUCAACGGAAAUGGAAUGUUAUUAACACAAAAUAAUUGCAUUUGAUUUAAUUUUUCCUUUUCCGUCUUUCUGUCUUUCUUUUUGUUUUUUCUUUUUCUAAUAUUUAAUAAUUUAUUCCCAAGCCUUUAUUUCUUUGUUAUUAUUUACCGAUAUUUAAAAAGACAAUAUUUCAGCUAGCACAUUUACAGGAUGACCUGUGAUGUUUUGUGCCGGAAAAUAUGAAAAAUGUAAAGAUAUAUAUGUAUAUAUUAACUGAAGUAUAUUGUACCAUUAAAAUCAUAAAUGCAAUUCCAUUGCUCGCA